GCUCUGGCUGUUCUAGAACUGGCCUUGAACUCACAGAGAUCCACCUGUCUUCCACCCAAAUGCUGAGAUUCAAGGUAUGCAUCACCAUGCCUAGCUUAUAAAGGUAGAAGCCACUCAUUCUUCAUCUACCCUUUUUUCAGUAUCUGGCACCAAUUCUGACCCCAUCAUUUGUGGCCCACAGUUCUUGUGGUAUGCUGAAGAUUCACAGGCAGUUUCUGUGGAGCAUCUACCUGCCCGCCUCUUGUCAAGCACCGUAUAAACAAGAACUUGUCUAGUCAGACGUGUGAGGACUGUGCUCUAUCUGCCAAAAAGAUCAGCACAGUCUCCAAAAUGGCAGCCACUCUCAAGUUGUUAAAACUUUUAAAAUACCAAGCAUCUUGUAAUCCUUCUGCCUACCGUGCAGCCCAAAGCAUGGCAUAUUGGAACAUGAAAAACAGCACACAGCAUGGGGGACAGAAGAUAAUAGCUCCUGAAUAUAAUAGCUCCUACUAUCCUGCCAGAAAAGUUAAGAACACUGGUGACGCCACCUUGUCUCAGAGAAUCUUCACAACCAGCAGUGCCCACCUGGGUUUGGAAUUCAACAAGGUGUCUACCCUUAAGGCCAGCUCAUCGCAUCCAGGCUUACCCAGUGCCAGAAGAGUUGAUGAAGAGGAUGUAGAGGUUUUUGAUUCCUUCGAAGGAACCCGAGUUUUCUUAAAGCUAAGGCCAGAGUACCAGAUUCACAGCUAUAACAGAAGUGAGACUUGUCAACCCCUGUCUGCGUCAGAAGGUGAACUAAUUUUGCACAAAGUCACAUUUUAUCAAAAUAAACUCCAGCCAAAAGUCAUUACUAAUUAUUUUUGUAAGCUGAGCUCUUUGCCAGCAGAACAGCAUUCUCUUUUGCUAUCCAGUAACAGCUUUGCUUUGCUCUGCCAACUGAGUAUGAAAAACAUAGAGCUCUUUGAUACCCCAGAUCUGAUGAGUAUUUUGAAAGCCUUUGUUGAUUUAAGAAUCCCUCUCUCCCCCGUCAUGCUAGAUGUAUAUGAAACCAGAUUUUGCCAUCAGGUGUGGGAGAUGAGUCUGGAUCAGCUUCUCCUAGUAGCUGAUCUUUGGCGGAACCUAGGCCGAAGAGUGCCCCGUUUCUUAAAAAUAUUUUUUAGUUACCUUAAUUUACACUGGAGAGAGCUCUCCUUGUCUCAGCUAAUUCAUUUAAUUUAUAUUAUUGGUGAAAAUCGUCAGGUGCCACAGGACCUAAUGCAAAAACUAGAAUCAGUGAUCCUUAAAUAUAUCGAUUUGAUCAAUUUAGAGGAGGUUGGUACAAUCUGUUUGGGGUUUUUUAAAUCAAGUAGUAGUCUCUCUGAGUUUGUCAUGCGGAAAAUUGGAGAUCUGGCUUGCGCUAACAUGGAGCACAUGAGCAGCCACACCUUAGUUCAUAUUCUUAAAAUGUUCCGCUUCACUCAUGUAGAUCAUGUAAAUUUCAUGAGGCGGUUUGGAGAAAUUGCUCCCCAGCGGAUUCCUUCCUUGGGGGUUCAGGGUGUUAUGCACCUCACUCUUGCUUGCUCAGCCUUACGAAUCCUGGAUGAAAGAGUCAUGAAUGCAGUAGCUGCCUCUUUGCCUCCAAGGGUGGCACACUGUCGAAGUAAAGAUGUUGCCAAAAUUCUGUGGUCCUUUGGAACUCUGAAUUAUAAGCCACCCAACACAGAAGAAUUUUAUUCCAGUCUGAUAAAUGAAAUCCACAGAAAGAUGCCUGAAUUCUACCAGUACCCAGAGCACCUUCUCACCUGCCUGCUUGGCUUGGCAUUUUCUGAAUACUUUCCAGCUGAGUUCAUCAAUGUUGCUCUGAGUCCAGGGUUUGUCAAGUUAGCUCAAGAAAGAAGUAAGUUUGACCUCUCUAAGGAACUGUAUACUCUUGAUGGUGCAGUUGCCGUUGAAUGUCCAGAUUACAAGGGCAGUCGUCUUAAUUCUCUCCUUCAACAAGAGGCAUCCGCAAGGCUAUGGAAUUUAGCAAGCAAAGAUAUGAGGUCAAAGCCUGAAUUCCUAGAAACACUCUGUUUACUUGAGACCAUGUUGGGUGGCCCCCAGUACAUCAAGCACCAUAUGAUUUUGCCUCACACCCGAUCUUCUGACUUAGAGGUUCAGCUUGAUGCUAACAUGAAGCCAUUACCAUUUAAUAGGGAAGUGAUACCAACUGAAGAUGUAGCCAGAUUACAGUUUAAGCAGGGGGGAGUCAGUCUUACACAUGAUUUGAUGAAUCGGUUACUAAUGGGAAAAGCCAAGAGGUAUUUCCAGGGGGAAAUAGAGUUAGAGACUGGCCAGCCACCCAUGGAGUUAAGAAGGAAGACAGCUAUACCUUCGGUGGACUCCAGUUGUAAUGUGACAGAUAGAUCGGGGGAGGUGGGGACAGUUGGCCUGUGCCCUCUAGCCCACGUGCAGCCCCCACUAGUGAAGCUAGCUAUUCAGUUCACAAACAAGAACCAGUAUUGCUAUGGUUCCAGGGAUCAUCUCCUUGGACUGCACAAUAUGAAGAGGAGGCAGCUGGUUCAAGUUGGGUACCGUGUGGUAGAGUUACCCCACUGGGAAUGGCUUCCACUACUGAAACAAACUCGCUUAGAGAAGCUAGCAUACCUACAUGAGAAAGUGUUCACCUCUGCCCUCUGAAGGGUAUUUAUGCUUAUAAAAGCACCUGUAGGUUGAAGAUCCUAACCAGAAAAUCAAAGUCAAAUGUUCUAAAGUCUGAAACUUUGAGUACUGACAGAUCUCAGGUGAGGGAUAUUCAGGUGGUCGUCCAUGCAGACACCUGAGACUUGAAAUACAAACAGCUCUGUUCUCAAGUAUUUGAUACAGGGAUUCUCAGCCUGUCUUCCAAGUGAUUGCAAAAGCCAGAGCGUGAGUGCGCUAUAAAACCACCUGUUGAGUAGCUGCGGGUGUACUCUUCCCCGUGUCAGGGCCUCCGGCUGUUUAUGUUACUGCGGGUUGUGUGGAUACUACCUAUGGUAGGAGCACGCUGCUAUAGUUGCAUAUUUGCUCAGAAUAAAUAAGCAUCUUCAAAAG